AUGUCAGAAUACUCAUGUCCGGUGUCUGGCGCUGCCGGAGGCCAAUGCCCGGCAGGAAAAUCCACCGCGAGAAGUCAGAUGGGGCCUAGGGGGUGCUCGUUUUCAGGCUUCGCACAACCAGGUGAUAUUAGAGCUGCCUUCGAUAUACCGAACGCCAUAGAUACAGAAGACUGGCUGCGCAUGAGGGAACGAAAAACUAUCAACGAGAUUUUAUAUUCCGACGUACCAGAAAAUAGAGAGCUGAAUCGAACGCAAAAUAUCGAUUCAUUGACCGCCAAUGAACACGACCUUCUGGCAGUCGCGCUUGGAGCACCCGCCCGUCAAGUGCUGCUUAGGGCCGAAGAGAUUGGGCCUAAGACAGGUUGGCGCGAUGGCUUCCUGAGCGCAGAGUAUGGCUUUGUGCCUCCGGAUAUGGAUGAGGCGGUGUCAGCUUUAGCGAACUCACCCGGCCGUGUGUGGAGUGAUCUCUGUGAACGCAUGCCGGGCUGUAUUUCUCGAGGACGUUUUCGGGAGGCUGCUGCGACAAUACCGAUCGUUGAGGGUACAGAGGACGUAAUUCCAGAUGCUGCACUGUGGGCAGCCUUAGUCGCCCUCGGCUUAUUGUGCUCACUCUAUCGAUAUGAAGAGAAGCACGAUGGGCAUGAAGGUAUCAGCAUAAACUCAGGAACGAAGAGCAAGCUUAUGGGGGAUCAGGGUGACGAUGUUCUCGAAGAAGUUAAGGGCCUUCCUCGGAGCAUCGGGUUACCAUAUGUUCAGAUUUGCAAACGAAUGGGAAGGCCCAUUCCUCAUCUAACAUUUGUCGACCAGAGCAGUUAUAAUGUCACAGUCAAGGACCCCAAAUCGAAGUACCCCUAUGUCGGACGAUUCGACAACACGGAUAUGCGUUGGCCAAUAUUCGGUGAUCAAGCUGAGAGAGCUUUUCUCAAAGGUGUUGCCGACACAAGUGCUUCUUUUCAACAUGGGCCAGAUGCAAUUGCAGCUUGCCAAGAAGCCGUUAUGAAGCGGGAUAACGAAGGUCUUCUUCGCGAAAUGAUUAGACUCAAGGAGAUCUUGGAACGAAUGCCAAAUGCUUUUCACACGAUAUCUCCAAACCCGAGCUCAGGCGAGAACUAUGUCUCGGGAGACGAAUGGGUUCGAUGGGCCAAGUUUUCAGCCCCCUUAUCCAAGAGAUGUCCCGCUUCAUCGGGUUUGCAAUUCCCUCCAUAUCUUGUCAUGGAUGCAUUCCUUGGCCGAAAGAAAUACGACUCGUUUCUUGGAGCUGAAGGUCUUCAUCUCAGGGCAUGGUCACCAUCAAAUAUGAGAGCGUUUAUUGCCGCUAUUGAGUACCAUCACCGCAUCCCAGAAUAUGUGGCCCAAUCGAAUGAUCCCAGACUUCAUGGUGUUCUGGACGGUAUCGUUGAGGCUUACACAGGCGAGAGAGGUUUCAUGGGUGUCCAUCGAUACAAAGUCUUUGGCAUUCUUGAGAUCGCAGCAAAGACGGGGCGGACCGAAACUAACGGCAACUCUGGUCAAAGUGGAGUAAGGAUGCGACCAUGGGAAGAGACUCACCUACAAUUCUCUGAAGCCAUGAAAGAACGACUUGAACCAUUUCGUGGUAAGAUGCUCAAUGAGCCUCACGAAAUACGCGGUACUUUUGAAGAAUGCCGGUUUCGAUCAAGGGUUCUCAGCCGUAACUUCGUUGACAAUGAUCACAAGCGAUCCAUCGCUCGGGUUACCUUGGACUUGAGAGAUACCGGUGUCACUUUUCAGCCUGGCGACAGACUUGCAGUCAUGCCUCUCAAUAACUGGGAAGAGUGUGCCAAGGUGGCUUUGGCUCUGGGCUUAGAAGAGAUGUUGGAUAUUCCAGUGGUCCUCAACCAGAAGUGGAGCAGAUUCGCGGAUCACCUAGGCUCAGUCUCUCGAGAAGCAGCGCCUAAACUGGCCGUCCGCGAUAUAAUUCGGCGAGGACAUCUGGCGCCACUUACGCAAGACCUCGUUCUCAAGGUCCAUUCUAUGCUUAGGGCCUCGUCGAAUGUUGUUCUUCAGGUUCUUGCUACUAACGAAUGGCCUGUCCGGGGAUCCCUUGGAGACCUACUUCAAGCUGCAGUUGUGGAUACGCCGUCCCAGAUCUGGGACCAGGCAUUUGAUCUUUCACACAGUCUUGCAUGGCUAGCUGACCUUGUCGAGAUUGAGGUCCCAAGAACAUAUUCGAUUUCAAGCUACCCUGAAGAGCUUCUCCCAAGCACCUUAGACCUUACCAUUUCCAGAGCCGAUUACGAAGUAUGUGACACGUUCACAAACGGCAUUCCCACCGUCAGAAGCGGCGUUUCUAGUGGCUUCCUAAACCCUUCCUUGUCCUCUGGAGAAGACGCCAUGCUGGUUGAAGAGGACCUCCUUAUCGGUGUGUCUAGACCCGUCAAUUUCCAACUUCCUCUCGACGGAGCUGCUCCGUGUGCCUUCUUUGCCGGUGGUAGCGGUAUUGCGCCUUUCCGAAGUUUCUGGCAAAAGCGCUUUGCUGAUGGAAGCAUUGGUCGUAAUAUUCUGUAUCUCGGCGUGCAGUCCCGUGAGAAGUUUUGCUAUGAAGAUGAGCUUCGAGAACUUAUGCAAGCUGGAAGGAUUGAGGUUCACACUGCAUUUUCUCGAGACUCAAGAGGUCUCGUCUUUGACAGACAGUCCAUGGAUCUUGUUGAGCAGGCAACGCCGCCUCGUUAUAUCGAUGGUCUUGUUGUAGAGCAGGCAGACACUGUUUGUGACCUUGUCAUGAGCAAGAAGCAAGGAGGUUUGGGCGGUUACAUCUAUAUUUGUGGUUCUGUGGCUGUCUUCGAUUCAGUCAUGGCUGGUAUCCGCCGAGCGAUCUACGACCAGCGAAGUGCGACUAUGGAGUCUAGUGACGCUAUCAUCGCAACGGCUUUUGCUGAGCGGCGUUUCAUGCUAGAUGUCUUUAUGACUCCUAAGCCACUGCCUUGCAACCUUCCUACGAUUCCUCAGUCUGAGUUGGCACUUCAUACAGGUCAUCGUCCUGACACGCGUGUUUGGAUUUCCGUCCAUGGUAAAGUCUAUGAUGUGACAGACUUCGCACCAAUUCACCCAGGUGGUGUGUUGAUUAUCCGCUCCAAUGCCGGAGUUGACUGUUCGCAAUCCUUUGACAAUCUUGCGCAUACCAACAAUCCUGAAGUAUCAAGUCUUCUCACUAAGUACUUCAUUGGCAACCUCACACCGAAACCCGAUUAUCAUGCAAGUGAUGAGCUAAACGGUCUCUACGACAUGUGGCUCGUAUACCUUCAGACUGUUGUCGAGACCCUUGUGGCGCAGCAAUUUGAAAUGAAUAGGUUCAUGGGAUCCGACAUGGGCACUCCAAUUGAUGCAGACAACUGGUGGUUCCAGAAUAGCCUCAAGGGUGUUGACCUUAUCAACAUCAAGGGAAUCCGCUCGUUCUAUCAGUAUCAGUCAAGACUUCUGCAAGGCGGAUUUUCAGCAAUGUUUGGUCCGCAAUUCCAAGAAUUGAUAUUGAAACUUUCGUUCGCCCUCGCGAAUGCGUCCAAUGGGGCGUCCACCAAGCUUCCUGACGUUCUGGGUGUCAUUGCCAGAGCGAAGACAUCUGAGAAUGCAGUUAAGAUCUCAAGACAAGUCGCACAAAUUGGCGAAUUUGUGCGAGAUGCCAGAGGUGCUCGGUUCCAUGAACGCGGAAUCAUCGCAUACGCAAGCAAGUCGGUAGUAUUAGACAUGGCACUGCUGGAGGACAUCCGUCAAGAAGCUUGUUAUGGAAUGGAUGCUCUUGAAUCCAUUGCGGAUGUCGAUCAUACUGACCCUAAAACGCUUACCACAACGGCAUCUUUCCUCAUUCAGAUCAUGGAGCGCAUGGCAAAGCGACUUGAAGUCUUUUACUCGAACUUAGCACAGCACACUAUUCUGCAACCGGCGAUCGAGCGCAACCCUGCUAGAACACGGUGGCAUAUUCUACGACAACGCAUCCGAGACGGCUCAUUCUUCAUCCUCACACAAAGUACUGUCAUGGGUGCUGCGCCUUCAUAUAUUCCCGAAAAGGUGCAGAGCAAUAUUGAUUUCGAUCGGGUCAUGUCGCACAUCCAACAAACUCUUGCUGAAGCGCCCGCACCUCAGUACCCACAGUCCAUACAUUCUCAACCAACGUUGAAUCAGAUGCACAUCCAGCGUACGCAAGCCCCACAGAACGGUGCUUCUGCCUUUGAGUCGCACACUAAUGGCACUGCACUCCGGAACAUGUCCUCGUUUGUGAACAAGAACAUGCGCGCUAUACGGCGACUCAGCAAGUUGCCAUCAAUGCCACCAAACUUCGACAUCAUGGCCAGAUCCCCACUGCCUGCUAUUCCGAACGGUGUCAUCACACCGCCGCUGAGCAGAUCUUCUAGUCGCUCACCGACUCGUGGGAUGGUUGCCGCACAGGGUAGUGGUCUCUUCAUCAAAGGCAUGCCCACUGGCCCCAGCUACUCGGCUCCGUCUUCGCACAACUAUGCCAACAUGGGCAUGCCGCAACCAUCGAUGCAAUCCGCUCAUCUCCCCCCGUCACCGCCCCUUGAUGCAGCGGCGGCCAUCGGCUCUAUGAUGGGCAAACUCAAUGUGCGCUCUCGGUCAUCCUCAACCCGUGCCUCGUCGCCGGUCAAUUUGAGCGGUCCACGCCGGCCAAGUAUGGACGAGAGAGCUAAAUUGAUGCAUAUGCGACAGGCUUCGCACCCGCUGUUGCAAACCCAUCAACGUGCAAGGGCUUCGACCAGUGGCUCGCUCAGAUCCUUCAAGCUGAGCCCGAGAGUCGGGCAGGGUCAGGUAGAGAUUAAGGUUGCUCCGACCUUCUAA